CCCGGCACAUCGGCAGUGCGCGCCUGGCCGUCAGCGCGGGCAGUUCCUCACGGCCAUGCCGCUCGCGACGCCGGGUUGAGCCGCGCCUCUAGGUCCGCGACUGGCAGGUCGUCGGCCCGACCUGCAGGUGUGUGUGUGUCCACCCCUGAGGACCAGCCGGCGCCAUGCGGGCCCUUUGGCUGCUCGCCUGCUGCGCGGCGCUAGCCUCGAGCCGCGCCGGGCCGGUCUACCACAACCAGUUCGCCGUGAGGGUCCCCGCCGGCCGCGCGCAGGCUGACGUCAUCGCCGCGCGGCACGGCUUCACCAACCUGGGGCAGAUCGGCAAGCUGCCCGGCUACUACCUGUUCGAGCACCAGCACGUGCACAAGAGGUCGCUGACCCCCAGCGAGAUCCACCGCCACAAGCUGUCCUCCGAGCCGGAGGUGCACUGGGUCCAACAGCAACACGAGAAGGUCCGCAAGAAGAGAGACUUCUUCGUCGAACUGCAACCCGCAGCACCGGGUGUACUCCCCGCCAGGCGAGACACAUACUCUGGCUAUCUCGAACCGGAUGGCCAGGAAGAAAAGAUUUUGUCUCCUCAGCAUGGACUAGAAACAGUCUUCUACACUUGCAACGAAAAAGAAAUGACGGAGCAGACCAGAUACUGCAAAGCACACGAACAUUUCAACACGAGUGUCACGGGGGACGGCUGCUUGCCGGAGCCGCUGCGCCGGAGGUGAUACCUGCGGGCACACCUGGUGACCUCCGUCCAUCAGCCCCCCGCCGCGGGCAGCCUGGCGACGCACCGCGGUGGCCGCCGGCUCGCAUGCGGAGACACAGCGAAGGACUGAUCGAAUGUCAUCGAGUUUCCACAGCUUCGUAACAAAUGACGAAAUCAGUUUAAACUUGGUUUGGUGAAGAAGAAAAAUUCCGGCUCACUUAGUGUACGUCAAAAUAUCUCGAGCUGGAGUGCUAGUACUAGGGAUGUUUUCAAAAACUUUGUCCUUCAAACAUAAACUAUAACAUAACAACCAUAUUGUGACGGAUAACUGCUGGACAUAGACCUUGUAUUUUUAACACAAAAACUAUUUUAAAAAAUGAAAUUAAUGAAUUGUAAUUGAGCAUUAUGUAUUGUGUAAAGCAUGUUAUCGUUGUGUAUUUGAGUAUGAUUAGAUUAU